AUGAGUGAGUGUCUCAAUGAUACAUAUCGAUGCCAUUAUGGUGGACAAUGCAUUCCAUUGACAUUUGUACAAGAUGGACCUACAAGUGCAGAUUGUCUUGACGGUACGGAUGAGAUAGAAUUAUAUGAAGAAGAGCUUUACCGUUCUAAAAGUGCUUGCUAUACUUUUCCAACAUUUUGUUGUGAAGAACAUACUGGCCGACACCGUCGCUCUUUUCCAUGUGGUGAUGGACAAUAUGCUCUUUCUGAUAUUGGAAGUUUAUCUGCUCAACGUUUUUGUGCCAAUGGUCGAGAUAUGCUGGUGGCAUCGUAUCGAGUAAGACCUUUUCCUGAUAUAUUCGACUCGCUUGUCGAUCAAAUUGCCUACUCCACAUUGGUCUCGAACAUAGACAUUCUAAAACAACUAUUAACUAAUUCAAUAUCGACAUAUAUGUUAAUCCCUUGUGAAUCUAUAGGAAAAAAAUGUUUAACAAAUUGGCUUUUUAAAGUUGAAGUAUACUAUGCUUAUUCAAAGUUUCACUAUAUUUAUUUACCUAAUCGAUUAUUCAUAGAUUUUGCUUUAUUUAUUAAUCCUGAUUUUAUUUGUUUCAAUCCUAAAGAUUGUCCCGCACUGACGAACUGUGUCAGAGAUAUCGAUCUAAAAAAUGGACUCGUUUGUUGCCCUACUAGGGCAUUAUCUAACGAAUCAUUUACUGAUGGCUUUGAAGUCAAACUUGCUAUUGAAAAAUUGUUUUUUCGUUGCUCGACGACUGAUAUAGAACAAUCAUGUUCACAUUCAUCGCUUUUUCAUUGUCCACUUUCAUUGAAAUGUAUUUCAAAAUAUUGUCUUGUUGAUGGGAUUCUUGAUUGUUAUUUUGAAGAAGACGAAGCAUUUCCUACUUGUCAAUUAAACGACUCAAAACGAUUUAUUUGUAAAUCUGAACAGAGCAAAUGUUUAUCGCCAAUAGCAGUACAAGACGGAAAGGAUGAUAGUCAAAAUAAAGAAGAUGAAAUGACUGAAAAUCAACAUAAUACUUUAAUAGGAGAUGUUCCAUUUGGCUUGAUAUGUGAUGGAAAAACUCAUCCGUUAUUAUCAAAAUCGAAUGAAACCGAUGAAACAAAUUGAUAUUUUCCAGCAAAUCAAACUGCCUUACCGAAUCGAAAUGACUCCAAAGUUAAAAAAGGAUCAACUAUCAAUUUAGAUAUGAUCGGAAAAAGAGAUUGGGAUUGUAAUCGAAGAAUUUUCAUCCUUUUUAAUGAUAAUAAAACUAAUAAAUGUUUGUGUCCACCUAGUUACUUCGGUGAUCGAUGUCAGUGGCAAAACCAACGAAUAAGUUUAACACUUCAAUUAGUACAUCGUGCUGAAACUUAUACUAUUGCAAUAUUUCAAGUUAUUAUUAUGCUUAUCGAUGAACGAAGACAGAUCACAUCAUACCAUGAACAAAUAACAUAUGUACCAAAACGUGAUUGUGGCACAAAAUUUAAUAUUUAUUUACUUUAUCCAAAUCAACCAAAGAAUUAUUUUACUAACUACUCACUAAUAUUGAUAUAUUUGAUAAAAUAUCAUUAA